UGUAGGUAAUAGUGUGGAUGUUCACUGUGAGGUCAGUAUAGACCCAAAUGUACCACAGGCCCGUACGUAAGUGGAGGGGAGAGUAGUUAGGUAUAUCUGAUAAAAAUACACCAUAAAUGAUGUCAUUAUAAAUGCAUUAUGCAGGCAUGUUCGAACAAGCAGUUUUACAGAUUCUAUUGAAAAUAGUUUUAUGUUUUAUGUUGACGUCGCUGUGAUUUCUAAAGGACAGACAUGAAUGGUGGUCAUACAUGCACUUGAUGGAUCUGAACCAUAGCUAAUGUCACUGCAUUCCAGCAGAACGUGACUGAUUUAAUCUACACAAGAAAAUGCCCAGUUAGCCAGCAAUUCAGUCCAAAAUCAAAAUUGUCGAAAAGUCAAUUACCAGGGUAAAGUCCAUCUUAUUCAAACGAGAUGAUUAUGAGGAAGAUGAGGUGCAGACCUCUAAAGUAUCUCUCUUACUUUCUGGUGAUAGUAGUUGGACUGGCUGCCUUCUUUCUGAAUGCUGACAUCAUUCAGUUUAUCAGAAGUAAUGGUUCAAAAAACAAAAUGGCUGACAGCUACAGAGUUACAUCAAAAGAAACAACUCUUGGCAGUCUUGCGGACACAGACGACAAGAUGACACGUCUAGGAUCACAGCUCAACAAGAGAACAACCCACAAACCUCUCAAGAUAUACAUAUACAAUCUGAGCAGUGAAUUCAACACAGACAUUUCUCACUGCAUUGAAACCGAUGACAGUCAGGCUCCUUUCCUUCACAGCGUCGACUAUUCCAACCACGGCAUGGGCAAACUGCUGUACUGCCAGGGUGAGAUCUGCGUUCACAACACUAAUCAAUUUUCACUGGACGUUAUUCUACACCAUCAGUUUGCUCACAGCCGAUAUCGCACUGACGAUUCCUCGGAGGCCGAUGUCUUUUACGUCCCAGCGUACAUGGGGUCGAUGUGUUUUUGUCACAAAUAUGACAACAGGACAGAAGAGUUGGUGAAACAGUUAUUUCAUUAUUUAAACACAAUGUCGUAUUUCGGACAAGGGAAACCUCAUGUGACAACAUUGGCCAGAAUUGAACGCGAGGAGAUUACUGUUAUAUUAGCCCAUCCUGCGUGGAAAAAUCUCACCUAUAUGACAAUUGAAAAGGAUAACUUAAAUUUUCGAAAAAUGUUUGGCAUUGAAUCACAGCAUGCCAUUGUUGUGCCAUAUCCAUCGUACAUUCACUUCAAUUACACAAAAGUAACAGACGAUGAUGCAUAUGCAGCCGAGAACGUAUCGAAGUACAUGUACAACCGAAGACUCUUUCUAUUGUUUGCAGCAAGUUUGCGCAGAACUAAUCCUUUCCGCGGAAAAAUAAUCGACCAGUUUGUUGUGAAGACGGAACUUGGUUAUAAGGAAUACUUCAAGUCCGAUGAUGUUGUCAACCGGGACCAAGUGAUGUUGGUAACACGGGAGCGUAUAGGAAAUCAUUACAACAUGACGAUCGAAUGGAUGUUUAAUUCUGUUUUUUGCCUCCAGCCACACGGUGACUCUCCAACAUGGAAAUCAUUCUAUGAUUCAAUUCUUAGCGGUUGCAUUCCGGUGGUUUUUCAGUUUCCAAUCGAAAACGUGGAAUUUCCAUUUCAACGAGCAUUAAACUAUAGCGAUUUUAUUGUGCGGAUUCCAGUAAAUCGCAAUGGUGAUUUGGAAGAAAAUAUACCUGUUUAUGAUUACCUAUGUAAAAUCCCACUAACUGAAAUAAGUAGACUCCAGACAAAUUUAAUAAAAGUGCUUCAUCUUUUCCAAUAUCCUGUGAUCGGCACAGAACAGAACAGUGACGAGAAAGAUGCACUAGAAAUGAUUGUAGAUGAAAUAAGAGUGACCGUAUAACCUCUAGGAUCAGACGGACUUGCAUCCGUUUUCUGGCUGUUUUUUUCUUUCUGGAUGUUGUUUUCUUUCCAACAUAUUACAUACCUAUUCAAUCUUACUAUAGAGAUAAAGACAUUUUCAAACCG